AUGACGAAGUAUGCUAUUGACAAUAGAUUUCAAUUCCGAACAAAGAGGUCAAAUUCUGUAAGCUACACCCUUGCAUGUCUUUCUAGACAAUGUGAGUGGAAAUUGAAAGCUUCAAGUAUCAACAGAUCAGCUAUGUUCAAAAUCAGAGAGUUCGUGGAGAAACAUACAUGUCCAUUAAAGGAUAAGGUGUAUACGCAGCAUCAAGCUAAUAGUGAUUUUAUAGCUGACAUUAUUAAGCCAAAAUUUAGAAAUUAUAAGAGGAAGUAUGUGCCUAGUGAUAUAGUAGAUGAUGUUAAAAAUGAUUUUGGGGUGGAUGUGCCAUACAUGAAAGCAUGGCGUGCUAAAGAAAAGGCUCUGACGGAGUUAAUGGGCGAGCCAGCCAAGUCAUACAAGAAAUUGUCAGGAUACAUAUACAUUUUGGAUAAAACAUACCCAGGUUCUCAUAUAAGAAUGAAGAAAACAUCUGAAAAUGAGUUCUUGUAUCUUUUUAUAGCAUUGUAUGCCUUUAUAAAAGGGUUUGAAUGUUGUCGACCCAUCGUGGUUGUAGAUGGCAGCCACAUCAAAACAGCAUACAAUGGGACAUUUGUUUCAGCGAGCACGAUGGAUGGUGCAGGGAAUAUACUACCUUUGGCGUAUGGCGUGAUUGAUUCAGAAAAUGAUAAGUCUUGGACAUGGUUCUUCGAACAGUUCAAGGAAGCUUAUGGGCUACGGGAGAGCAUGUGUGUUGUAUCUGAUAGGCAUGAAAGCAUCAUCAAGGUUGUAUCCAAAGUAUAUCCUAAUGUUCCCCAUUUUGCAUGCAUAUGGCAUCUUUGGAAGAAUGUUGAGACAGUGGAUAUUCGUGUAAAGGAUUACUUGGAGUUAGCCGGAAGGGAAAAGUGGUCUAGGCUUUAUGCUCCAGUCAACCAAGCAUGGACAAUGACGUCUAAUAUUGCUGAGUCUAUCAAUUCAGCUCUCGUACAAGCAAGAGAAUUGCCAAUAUUUGAUUUUCUGGAAGAAGUUAGGAUUAUGUUUGGGCGUUGGAAUUUCACUAACCGACAAAAUGGUUCAUAUACAUUCACAACACUUGGGAAGAAAUUCAGUGAAAUGCUUUCCAUUAAUGAGCGUAAAUCUGCACGCAUGACGGUAAUACCAUCAACUGAAUACGUGCACACGGUAAUUGAUGAGGGGCGGUGUUUCAUAGUUUGUAUUGAAAAGAAGACAUGCAGUUGCAAAGAGUUUCAGAUGGAAGAGAUUCCCAGCCCACAUACUUAUGAUAUCCCAGUUUAUCCUCUACCGGAUGAGAGUGAAUGGAAAAUACCUGGAUACAUUUUGGGAGAGGUAGUUUUCCACCGAGAUACAAGAGACUGCCUGGAAGGCUAA